UAGUCACGGAAGUGGUGUUGUUGGGUUACCGGCUGAUUUUCAGAUUUUUGUUUUAGAAGUUUGGAGUUUCGUUACUUGUUUCUAGAGUAUCGGGUGGACUAUCAGUCGUGAUGAGUUCAGCUGGCGCCGGAACAAUGGUGAGCCGCGCAAUGGAUCAGCUGCAAAACCUAAACACGGGAACUUUGACGCUGGUGUCAACUGCACUUCUGCUCAGUUUUGUAAUUGCUUACAAAAAACUCAUGGAGAAAAAAUAUGAAAAAAUACCUCCACAUAUUCCAUCUACAAUUCCUUUCCUUGGACAAGCUGUGAGCUUUGCGAAGAAUCCAGUUGAAUUCCUCAUCGCAGCGUAUGAGAAAUACGGUCCUGUGUUUAGUUUCACGAUGGUUGGAAACACAUUCACGUACCUGAUCGGGUCAGAGUCAUCAGCGCUCUUCUUCAACAGUAGAAAUGAAAAUCUGAAUGCAGAAGAUGUUUACAGUCGUCUCACCACUCCUGUGUUUGGAAAAGGAGUUGCCUAUGAUGUUCCUAAUCCAGUGUUUUUACAACAGAAGAAGAUGUUCAAGACUGGCCUGAAUAUCGCCCGAUUCAGACAACAUAUUCCAUUAAUUGAGGAGGAGGCUCAAGAAUAUUUCGAACGAUGGGGCAAUAGUGGAGAAAGAAAUAUAUUCAUAGCUUUGUCUGAACUGAUUAUUUUAACUGCUAGCAGAUGUCUUCAUGGAAAGGAGAUCCGCUCUGUGUUGACGGAGAAGGUAGCUCAGUUGUACACGGACCUCGAUGGCGGGUUCACACACUUGGCUUGGCUCCUGCCUGGAUGGCUGCCGCUUCCCAGUUUCAGGAAGCGAGACAGGGCUCAUCUGGAGAUUAAGAAGAUAUUUUACGAUGCCAUUCAGAAGCGGCGAGCGAGUGAUGAUCCUGAUGACGACAUGCUGCAGACUCUCAUUGAAUCCACCUACAAGGAUGGUCGCAAGCUAAAGGAUGAUGAGAUUGCCGGUAUGUUGAUUGGUUUACUGUUGGCGGGACAGCACACUUCGUCCACGACGUCGGCCUGGCUUUUCUUCUUCAUAGCGCAGGACAAAACACUACAAAACCGUUUGAUCGAAGAACAAAAGAAAGUGUGUGGCGAGGACUUGCCUCCCCUCACCUACGACCAGCUGAAGGAUCUGCAGCUGCUGGACCGAUGCAUCAAGGAGACUCUGCGACUCCGCCCGCCCAUCAUGACCAUGAUGAGGAUGUGUCGCACGCCACAGACCAUCCUCGGCUACACAAUCCCGCCAGGUCACCAGGUAUGUGUGUCUCCUACCACCAACCACCAGCUCAAAGACACCUGGAAAGAUGUCGGCAAGUACAAUCCGGACCGUUUUCUUGACCCUGAUGUGUCGAACAGUGAGAAGUUUGCGUACAUCCCCUUUGGAGCAGGCCGCCACCGCUGUAUAGGGGAGUCGUUUGCAUACGUUCAGAUCAAAGUAAUUGUGUCCACAUUUCUCAGGAAGUAUGAGAUAGAUUUGGUGGACAACAACUUCCCUGAAAUUGACCUCUCCACGAUGAUCCACACGCCAAAAGACCCCUUCAUCAGAUACAAGCUGCGGAACUUGUAACUACUUCGUCAGUAUGACACUAUCAGCCACCUCUCAGAUAGGAGGGUAGUUCAAGCAAGAUUAAAGAUUCUUUGUAAUGUAUGGACUGGACAAUUGUAUAUGUUCUAUAAAUAUCAGAGUGUAAUAGAAUGCUAUCAAGUAACUCGAUACACAAGUGACCUGGCUUUAUCCCAGUAGUUAUAAAAUCUGAAAACAUCAGAGUUAUUUGAUGUAAAUUAUUUCAUUGAUGUCUCACAAAAUAUUUUCCCAAAGGGUUGAAUUUACAAACAGUAUUUAUCCGUCAUUAAAUUGUUCCGUUAAACGGCCAUGUAUAUAUGAUUCAUAAUAAAUUCAGGUGCACGCAAGUAUUAUUUUGUUGAAAUGAAACCUUUUUUCACCCCUGUAAUUGGACUAAAAAAAAUUAUAUUUUUACCGGUGAGAUAAGUGAAUGUGGGACUACCUGUUUUCAGAAUGUUUGCAGAUUUCAUACCUUAAUGUGCUUAUUUUCAAUGAUUAAAUAAUAAAGAUAUAUUUUAGGAGAUCCCUUAAAAGACCUGUGCAGGCCACAUUUAAUCAAUUUGUGGCCAGGUGUAAUAUGUUACAACAGAAUUAUACUAGUCACUUUACUACUGUGA